AUGGUGAUUGGAGGGGAUCUCUAUCAUGGCUCUGUUAUUAUUAUUUUUGCCAUAUGGUCCAGACGGAGGGUCACUGAAGCGAAGCGGAUGUAUCAUGCAAUACAGAAAAAGCACUUCACAUUUGAUACAUGUUGGAAGAUUUUGCGCCAAAGUUGUAAAUGGGAUGAAUUUCUAUCAAAAAGAAGCACGCAACAUUCUGAUCCAUGUUCGAAUCCACCAAGUGAAUAUGAGGUUUCUCAAUCCAACCAGAAUAAUGCGAUGCACGAACAACCAUCUAAUACAUCAACACGACCAAUUGGAACGAAGGCAGCGAAAGAGAAGUUGAAGAAUCAAACAACGCACGAUAGUAGAUUUGAUGAAAUGGCUGCUAACCAAUCCAAAAUUGUUGAAGUGUUAUCAACUAUCUCCGCUAGAACUAUUCAGCGAGAUGAACAAAAGGCGAUAGAUCGUGAGCAGAAGGCUGCAGAGCGUCGAAGAAGGGCCGAAGAUAGGGAGGAACAACUAAAACUCCUAUCUAUGAUGAAUGAAAGAGAACAACGAAAUUAA